UUCGUUUUAGAUUGCGCUUGAAGGUACAUACAAAUAAAGAUACACCGACUUAACACAGAUUCAAUAAUAUUAUUUAUAGCCGAAAUUAAAACAAAAAUAUAUUUUAGUUUGUGUAUUUUUAAUUCAAACAGUGACUGUGACUUCGUCAAUUGAAUAAAAGCAUCACUCGUCGUCGGUACUCGCUGUAUUUUUGAUAGAUAACCUCUUGUGACCCCCUGUUGUUCAUAACAAUAAAAAUACAACAUUGCCAUUCAUUGCGUUGUAAAUAAUUUAUCCCCUCAUCAUCAUCAGUAUCUCAGACAAAGACACAACAAGCGUAUUUGUUUCUGGAAAAUUUGUUGCACACAAAAUGGGAGCGGGAGCACAUCAAAUUUAUAUUCUAGCUGAAUGUUUGGCUGUUUUGGUCUUAACGCUUUUGACAUUAUCCAUCGACGGAUAUUCCAUAACUAUCCCAGCGGAUCCAAGUAAUCCGGGAAAAUGUGUGUAUCGGAGUGAGGACCUUAAACCAGGAAUUAAUAUUGGUCCUCUGCCGUGUCAACAGUUAACAUGUAACGAGGAUGGAUCGGUUCUUGUUGAAGGGUGUGGAAAAAUUAAUCUCAAGGAUUGUAAUCGUGGAGAAAGGAUACAUAUCGAUCAGCCAUAUCCUGCGUGCUGUAAACAGAGAUUUAAAUGCAAACGGCCAGAUGGUUCUUCAUAUUACCAAGAAAAGAAUAUAGUUUAGAGAGUAUAGUGUUUUUGAGUCUAUUAAACUUGUAAUUUAAAUUAGAGUGAUUAAGUUAAGAAGACAGUAAAGAGAAAGCUUGUUACAAUUUAAGACACGUACUUCUCAUACAAAUGACAAAAAACAUAAUUUGUUUUUUAAUAAAAUAAUUUAUAAGUUAAAUUUAAAGAAAAACAA